CCCGGGCCAAAACACAAAAUCACAAAAGACGAAGGGCUGCUGGUUACCGAUACAAGUACCCAAGCCGUAAAAGAGACUUUUAACAGAGAAAUGCAAACAAUACCAAGAAUCAAACAUAGCAAAUGCAUUCAAUCGGUGGCUGUAGAAGAAGAAAUGUUUCAACCACAGCCAACAACACAAACAAACGGACAACUCGAAGAUUUUUUAAGAACCCAUGUCCCCAAUCUAGAGUCCCAACUGCACUAUAAUGAGCUAUAUGAUUUGUACGGAGACGACUAUAAAGAGCUGUUACACGAUAAAUCUUUUAAAACAACUGAACAGAGAUCAGUCUCUUUGAACGCUCAGCCAGAAUACCGAAACAUAACAGAGUUGCAAUACGUGUCUUGUUUUUCGUGGCAUCCUACAAUAUCAGGAGUAUUCGCAGUGUCUUACUCAUCUACAAAUACAGCGUUACAUAGAAAUGUGAAUCUCAAAGACGUCGAUAACAAUGUUGUGAAAUCGACUGUCGAAGACGAAACAUAUGGUAACGUGUACAAUGACGGGAAAAACGACAAUAAAUCUUUGAAGGUUCAGUCGGAAUCCAGACUGUCUGAAGAUAAUUUCGAAGAAAAGAUAACGACCAUGUUGAACAACGAUUACAUUCAAAGAAUGAGGAUACUGCAAAUAACCGAUGAUGAUAACGACGAAUGUGCCCAAGACGCCAUAGCCGAAUUGCGUAAAGCUUUCGUUGACGAUUAUUUUGAAGACAACCAUCUGAAAAAUUGCGAAAACAAUACAAAUACCGUAGAACGGCCAGCAACUUGUAACGACACGGAUGAAUCUGAAAUUAGGAGAGAAGUUUCUAAAGAGAAUAGAACACCGAAAGAAGGAGCAAUCGGUCAGACUCCUUUCAUUGACAGUGCAAAGAAUCAAUGGGAUGAUUUCGCGGCACCCGAAGAAGAUGACUUUGAAAUAGACCAACAUGUAAAAGUAGUGGGAAAACGGGAACUCGUAACGCAUGACAAACCGGGUACGGAAGCGAAAAGUAGUCCAGAAAAUCAAUUGGUUUAUAAUAAAGACGGUGCCGAAGACAAAGAUGAUGUCGAUCAUCACGGAUCAGACACAGAUAGCUUUUACAACAUUUGGGGUGCCGACGAAGAUUGGGUGUAUGGCAACAAUCUUAGGAAUGCUGUUAGAAAACUGCAUAGGAAUUUCAACAGGAAAAACGACCGUGAAACAAGAGACGACAAAUUAGCUAGACUUUUGUUGUCGGAAGCGAAUGCGGAGGAAUCAAUUAAAACUAAUAACACGGUUAAAGAAAGAAAACAAAUAGCCAAAGACGUGUCAGAAGCCGGAGUAACGUAUCAACAUUUGAAAAAACGAAAAAAAUCUGCAUAUACAAAAGAGAGAGAAAGAACAUCAGAAAAAAUUAAAUUGGAGUUGGCGACUUUAAAUAAUAACGAAAAAUCAAAAACAAGCCCAAUAGAUAUUACAAAAACAUUAAAGGAGCAAAAUAAUCGAGUGGUAAUCUGGUCGAUCGACGACAACAUAUUUCCAAAGUUGAGGUUGGACAGUCCCGAGGAGGUAUGUUGCAUUCAGUUUAACCCUAGGGACGGCAACACAGUAGUUGGAGGAUUAAGAAACGGUCAGAUAGGUAUAUGGGAUAUCACAGGAAAAUUGGAAAACUUGAAUUCUAACAGUUGUUGUACUAUGUCGGAAAAAGAAAAUACGCAUCGCAAACGACUUUGGUCGUAUAUGAAAUGGUCUAUGGACAUCGACCUUAAAUCCCGAAUCAAACCAACAGCUAUGAGUGCUAUCUUGGAAUCGCACACUUCAAUGGUAACUGCUAUACAAUGGAUGCAUCCAAUGACCGAGUUUACACAAGCUGGUAAACUGGUUAUGAAUAAUAAUGAUCAGUUUUCUAAACAAUUUUUUUCCUCCUCUAUGGAUGGAUGUAUCAAACUUUGGGAUUUACAUUCGACGCCAAUAUUAAACGUUAAACAGAAAACCGCAAAUACGAAUUAUCCACCUACUAACUAUCCCGAGAAGUUGAACGAAUAUAAGUCACCUUUGAGAAUAUAUCACAACCGGCUGCGACCUUCAUACACGAUUAAAGUUUUGGAACCAGGGAAAAAAAACCCUAGCCCAAUAACCGCGCUAUCAUUUGAAAUCCCAUUGAUGAAAUACAACUUUGUAUCUGAUCAACCGCUUACGGUAGGGAAACGACAAUUUGAAUACGUAAAAACGUCAACGCGGGAUCCGAAUCGAAUAAUGGUGGUUGGAAGCAUAAUGGGUCAGAUCGGCGUCAUUACGUGGAAUGGUUUUGAUAGUUAUCAGGAAGGCCAGAAUGAAGAAGAGUGCAAACACAUUUGGUGGGGAUACGUACACGAUGGACCGAUCAGCUGCAUUAAAAGAAAUCCGUUUUAUCCGGAUAUCCAUCUAGUCUGCGGUGGUCAUAUUGUAUCAAUUUGGAAUUUAAAUUAUAGCGGCGGUCCAUUGUGGUGGAAGCGUUUUCGAGAGUUCACAACUAGCGGCUUAUGGUCCAGCGUUCAUGCGGGAGAGUUUCGAAUAUCAUUCGAUACCGGUGUGAUCGAAUUUUGGGACUUUAUGAUGCACUCGCACAAGCCUUAUUUUGUAUCCGAAAUCCUCAGCGAUGGAGCUAUAACCACGUUGUCUGCUCCAAAUCCAUUAGUACAUUUUUUAAAUGCCACAAGGUGCGAGAGUUCUAAUGAAACAAGUGAGCUGAUUGAUUUCAAUAAAAACGAAUUUAUCGGUUUCGCCGACUUCGCCGGGACCGUGCGGUUGUUUAGCAUGAACGCAAAUGUCUCAGAUUUGAGAAAAAUUAAAGAAGUCGGCCACUUGUUCCACAAAGAAUCAGAAAGGAGGAGAGAACUAGAUUUAUGGAAUGAAAGGUAUAAAGAACAAUUCGGAUCAAAGGGAGAAAACGAUUUCGAUGACUGCGAAUCGGUAGAGAUACGAAAGCCGCCAACGGUGCACAUAGAAAAACAAUCGGAGCAACUUACUUCAGAACAAACAAAGAGAAAGAUCUGCGUUGAAACGUUCAAAUGGUAUUUUAAUCGGAGAGGCUCACAAACGCGUUUGAGAAAAAUGAAAGAAAUACAUACGGAACGACAAAGGCGUCACAUGUUAGAAAUUAUAAUGAAAAAAAAGAACGUCAGCAAAAAGCAAUUGGAAGAGUUUAUUAAUCCGGUUCAACAAGAAUCGGAAAGAAAAAAAGAUUUCAAAGAUGAUAUGGAAAGAAUGAGGUCAGAAGCCGACAAAACUUUCAGGGAUAUUGUUAACAAAUUGUUACCCUCCGAACAAAAGGUCGAAUUCAAUUUAGACAGCGAGUUAAAAAUGGACAAUGAUUCCGAUAAAACAAAAAGUACGGUCGAACGAAUUCGCAAAUUGUUAGGUGCAGAUUUUGAAGCCGAGAAGAAAAAAUUGAACGAGAUUGUUCAGAAAAUUCCAUUUAAGACCGUGCAAGAAGACUGGGCUCAAUUAAUCGAUAACGCAGAAAGUGCUAUUAGAGACAGACUGAACGAUCCUACACUUUUAAAACCACCAUCAAUUCGUACCAUGCGUCGAAAGUUAGCUAAGAAAUACAUUGAAGAUGGUUAUGGAGUAAAGGAAUUUGUGAGUCGCAAAGAAAAAUAUAAAAAUGACCGGUUCACAAUACGAGAAAACCAUAUACAACAAUUGAGAGCGGUUUACGGUGAAAAAUAUAAUAUUUACUGGGAUAAAGACCAGAUUCAACAUAGAAUGGAAGACGCUCUUAGGAUGCGAAUUAAGGAUUCGCCAUUUUCAUACGAUGAACUACAGUUUCAAAAAGAAGAAGUAGGUAAGUCGAAACUCACUGUUAUAAUACUACAACAAUUAGUGAAAUGGCAAAACAAUCAAUAAGGUUCUUUGAUAUAAUUUUUAUUAGGAGAUGGU